AUUUAUGUUUCUAAAGUUGUAAGCACUUUGGCGUCCCUAACUAAAGCAUCAUCAAGCUUAUCUUCGCCACCAAGUCAGCGCGUUACAAUUUUCCCACCUUGAAAAAGUUUAUUACAAUUAUGCGUCGCAAGAGUCGAAAAACAGACCCGGAAAAUGGCAACAGUAAUGAGCCGGAGGAAAACCCAGAAAACGGUUCGGAAAAUGCUGAAACUGAAGAGGACGUAGAAUCGGAGGUGAAAAAGUCGAAAUCGCCCAAGAAAGGUGAAAAAUCUCCCAAAAAAGCCACGAAAGGUGAAAAGAGAACACUCAAAGAUACAACGGAAGAUGAAAAUCAAAAAAACGGGGCAAAAAGCGAUCAAGAUGAAGGUGAAUCUGAAAGUGGGGAGAGAGAAACCAAACGCAGAAAAACCAGUAAAACGCCUAAAAAGGGCGCGAAAAGUAACAAAAAAAAUGUGGAAGAAGAAGUGGAAACUGAAGAAGAGGAGCAAUAUGAGGUUGAAGCUGUAGUUGAUUCGAAAACAAUUAAUGGUGUAAAACAUUAUUUAAUUAGAUGGAAAGGUUAUGACGCUUCUUCCGAUACCUGGGAAUCUAAAGAUUCAUUAAACUGUCCGGAAUUAAUAAAGGAGUUCAACGAAAAUACCAAAAAAAAAUCUCCUAAAAAGAAAAGUCGCAAGAAAAAGAGCACAACAAACGCCAAGAAUAACGACGAUAAUGAAAAUGAAGAAAACGCCGAAUAUGAAGUUGAUAAAAUUGUUGAGGUUCACCAUAAAAGAAAUGGUAAAAAGGAAUUUUUGGUGUCUUGGAAAGGUUAUCCACCAUCUCAGGAUAGCUGGGUUGAUGAGGAAGAUAUGGAUUGUAAGGAUUUAAUUGCGAAAUUUAUGGCAAAAGUUGAACAAGUUAAGAAUGUUACUCCGAAACAAUUAAGAGAAAAUCGAGCCCAAACAGACCGAUUCACCUUAACUACGAGGGAACAUGGAAGGAGGCUUAGCCGAAGAAAUAAAGGAAAACAAAGGGUACAAUAUCAUAAUACAGAAUAAUGUACGGAAACUUCAAAAAAUGUUUUAAUCAGCAAAAAAGUUGAGUGAUGUGAAAGUUUUUCUUUAAAUAAGUUUCAUAAAUUAAGCUUAAUAUUUUCAUAGUAAUCUCAUUGUUACUAUGCUUGAUUUGUGAAAUUGAAAAUUUUUUUCUAUAAAUAUUUAGGAAUUUGCAAGUUUAAUUUCAUAGUUUUAAUAGAGUUAUUAAAGAGAAAAUAGAAAUUGAUCUGUACAAUUUGUACAAUAAUAAUCUAUUAUAAUAUUGGUUAUAGUUAAUAAGAUUUUGUUUCUAUAUCUUCAUUAUAACGUUAUUGCUUUAAAUUUCCUGCAAAAAAAAAUCUUUUGGCUAUGUUCAAAGCACAAGGAGUAUCAAUUUUAAACUUAACAUGAUUCUUUUCAAAUUCUUUUUCUUAAGAAAUAGUCCUGAUUAUAUAACACUCCUAGAAAAAAAGUUUCUUUUAAAACCAAUUUUUUUUUAUGCUAAAGCAAUUUUGUUUAUAAAUUUUUUUCUAGAAAACAAACUUAAUUUUUAAGUUUAUAUCAUUGUGUUGAUUUUCAAACAAUUAUAUUAUUGGGUAGUUUCAAGAUCUUUUCUUGUUACAUAAACAUUACUAGAAUGCAUCCAACUUUUAACUUUUACUUGUUAGAUCAUACAAAAGGGGAAAAAAGUACAAAUUUAGAUGUAGCAAAGUCGUUUUUGGAAGUGGUAACAGUUAUUAGACGCCUGAAAAGAUCUCGAUACUACUAUAUCCAUUUAUAAUUAUUACAACAAACUUAUUUCUUUAGGUAUUUUUAGCACAGUAAUCUAUGUGCAAUUAAGAAGAAAUCUGUAUAAUAAUUUAUAUAAAUAAUAAAGGGUAUUUAAUAUAAUUGAAAUGAAAUAAU